CGUGUCGCUUUAAAUGUAACGGGGUUACUUUUUAAAAGAAGUAACUAAUCGCUUUUAGCUAUAAGACAACGCUGAGUUUAUAUCAGAUACUAGCACUUGAAUAUGUUUGCUUUAACAAAACAUGCAGUAAAUAACCUAAUCGAUUUAUAGUUCCUUAUCUCGGAUCAUAUUAAAUGCGUAAUUGGGACCAGCAGAACGCCAUAAGGCGGCACACGACCAUACGGUUGGAUACGUCAUUGACACCUCGUCACCAAUGACGAGCCAGCAUCCCUAAUAAAAGCAGGAGUUUGCAAGGGACUUUAACACAACAGAAGAAUUUCUACAAGCAAGACAGAUCAACGGGAAUAUAACACUGAAGGUGUUUCGUCUUCUUCCGAUUUUCAGCCAUGGUUACUCCAAAAAUGGCAAGUCGAAGACCAACCAAACGAAUCUUGAAACCGGUUAUAGAAAAGAAACGGAGAGACCGGAUCAACCAGCGUCUGGACGAACUGCGAACGCUUCUUCUGGAUAAUACUCUAGACUCGCGACUUCAAAACCCCAAACUGGAGAAGGCUGAAAUUCUGGAAUUGACUGUUGAAUAUAUUAGGACUAAAACCACGGCUGCGAGAGAUCAAGGCGAUUCUAGCAAGGACUUGCAUGACGCAAAACCUCCGCCUCUGCUCUCAAGGAGACCCCAGAUGCCCUGUGCGUCCGUCUCGGAGCCCAUCCAAACCCAUACGCUGCCCUCUAAUCCAAUCUACAAGGCUGGUUUUAAAGAGUGCAUCUCCCGCCUGGCGAGCUUCAUCGACUGCGUGGAGCCAUCCCAGCGAGACAGCUUCGUCCAAGGUCUCUGCCAUCAUCUCGACUCCUACAGCAGCGCUCUCCCCCAUAGCAGAGUUUCCAGCAAUCCAACCCACCAUCCAUGGAUCCCAAAUCCAGAGUUGUCCUGCAGGGCGGACGUCCCAUCGAUUGGACACAUGAGAGCCAACCCUGAGCCCUAUUCCUAUGCAAACAGUCUGUAUCCUAAAUCAUUUAUGCAUCUGCAUCCGACGGGACAACAUUCAUACCUCUCUCCACCAUACUCCAUUUCUCCUCCCCCGUCUCCAAGCUAUUCAAGCAGCUCUCCUCCGUUCUCCAGCUCACCGACGUAUCUGUCUGUGCCCUGCCAUUUCCCGUUCCCUCCCAGCAUCUCUCCGCUUUCCACCGACUCCUCUUCAUCAUCGUCGUUAUCAACUGUGAGUCUCUCAACAACUUCAUUACCGGUCGUCCCAGGACCUCAUCUUCAGGUGAGCUCCCCGACUCCGGUGCGAUUUAGUGGCUCUGUUCAAUCCUCCCAACCACGGACUCUGAGACGAGCGCUGUUCCAGAAUCAGCCUUUGUGGAGACCCUGGUGAGCAAAACUGAAGACACUUAACAUGAGAAUAAUCAGCGUUGUCUUAAAGGGAUAGUUCACGCAGAAAUUAAAAUUCUGGCAUCAUUUAUUGACCCCUCCCUUUUGCUUGAAUAUAAAAAGAAGAUAUUUAGAAAAAUGUUUAAACCUGUAUCUAUUGACUAACAAAUACUACGGUGUACAAAAGGCUUGGUUCCAUACAAUCGAUUUAUGUUGGGACAGAAUGAAGAUUAACUUAAUGAUUUUUACAAAUUUAAGUGGAUUGAGCGUAAAACAAUUAAGUUGUCCCCAAAAAACCUUAAGAAUUGUGUUGUUUCAACUCAUUUUAAGUCAUUCAACUCAUUCAAGUAGUUUGAAAAAGCAGCGCAAGUUUUGUCUUGAGUGUAUGGAAGUCAAUGGUUACCGGUUUCCAACAUUUUUCAAAAUAACUUCUUUUAUGUUCUUUCAGAAUUUUCAGGUUUUAGUGAACUGUCCCUUUAAGGAUCGCUUAGAAAAGAUGUCUUGAUAUAUCAUCAGUUGUUUUCAGAGUGCAUGUAUGAGUCCUGCAGUCACAUUCUGUCUUUCUAUUUUCCUAUGGUAAAGUCUUUAUUGUAUACAGAUUGUGUAAAUAUAUUUA